AUGUCUACAGGUCCUAUUAAAGUUGGUAUUAUUGGUACAGGAAUUUUUGCCUACAGACAUCAUAGAGCAUACAAAGCUGUCGGUGGCGACAAAUUUGAAAUUGUUGCGUGCGCAAAUAGAUCCAAGGAAAAGGCACUGGCCUUUGCCAAGGAGGUAGGGAUUCCCGAGAAUGCUGUCUAUACAGAUCCUAUCGACUUGAUCAAUGAUCCUAAUGUUGAAGCUAUUGACGUGCUUUUGCCCGUUCAAUUUAAUAAAGAGAUUGUUGAAGCUGCAGUUGCUGCAAAUAAGCACGUCAUGAUCGAAAAGCCAAUUGCUGCAUCAUUGAAGGACGCAGCUGACAUUGUCGCGGCCUCAGAGAGAUCCAAGACAGUGGUGGCUGUUAAUGAGAAUUGGGCAUAUCACCCUAAUGUUUAUGCUGUAGCAGAAUUUGUCAGAAAUGGUGGCAUCGGAGAAAUUAUAAACUUUACAUAUGAUUCUGCUCGUCCAUAUAAUCCCGAUUUACCUUAUCAUGCAACCAAGUGGCGUCAGAAUCCUGAACACCCUGGUGGAUAUCUUAGUGAUGGCUGUGUUCAUGAUAUGGCUCAUUUGGUUCCUAUUUUAGGCAAAUUCAGUUCUGUUGCUGCAUUUGCCACCUCAACUCAUAGUGUACAUGUCUGUGAAGAUACUUUGGCUACCACGAUCAAAUUAGAGAGCGGAGCAAUUGGUGUGGCCAACUUUACUUUUUGUUCAGCAGGUGUUAAGAAGAUGGAUUUAGUCAUUCAUGGCACAAAAGGAUCUAUUCAUUUAAUAGACGAAGAUAAAAUUGAACUAUUUGAUAAAUCAGGACAACUUGUGGAUAACAGCUGUAUUACAAGCUUAAAAGAGAAGGCACCAGGCAAUGGCUUAAGUGACGUAGAAGGUGAAUUCUCUGCAUUUUAUCAUGCUGUUCGUCAUCAAAAACCACUGGGAGUAUCAACUGAAGAGGCCUACCACCACCUUGCUUUUAUUGUUGCUUGCUUAGAAUCAGUUAGAACUGAACAAACAGUUAAAGUCGACAAGAUUUAA